ACGAGUUAGAGUCUGAUUUUGAGGAGUCCACUGCUCGACCGCUGUCCAGAUCUUCACGUUUUCCUCAAAACACACUGAGAGCAACACUGACGCGUACUCCUAGCCUGAUGACCAGCCAGGGCAAUGACAAAAACGACGACCACUUCUUCCUGAAGGACUUAUCUAGUGUUCUCAUCACGGAAGUACAGAUCUUGAACACACAAGAGGAAAAUAUUGUCGAGCAAGCAAACAGUACAUCAAAUUCUGACAGAACAACAACUACAUGUGUGGAAAUUUCCACAACCCCACAGGAAUUCACAGAAGAGGACUUUGACACCGAUCUAGACGAUAAAGUAACAUUUAUUCUGCUAGACCAAGAGGAAGAGGACGAAACCAUUUCCUACUACAAGUCCGUUUGUGAACAGCUAGGGUUAUCUCCCGUGGAGUACUUCAUUCGACACAUCAAGGACACCGCUAUCACCAUGCGCUACAGAGGUCUUGGUGCGGAUGCAGUCAAAGCUAUAGCCUUAGCUCUUAGGGACAACACGACACUUGACAGAUUGGAUAUUUCCGGUAACUGGAUCGGGGCUGAAGGUUCAAGGUUCAUCUGUCGCCUGCUGGAAGAAAACGACUCCAUUACCAACCUUGCUCUGAAUGACAACAAAAUUGGAAGUGAUGGGGGCCUGUAUGUGGCAAAGAUGAUUCAAGUGAACACUGGCCUUAGGAGGCUGGAUCUUUCGGGCAAUGCUUUGGAUGACAAAUGUGCAGAAGCCUUAGCUUUGGCCCUGGAAAGUAACAAAAAUCUCAGAGAAUUGAACUUGAGCCACAACAACUUUACCGAGGUAGGCGCCUACUUCAUUGGAAGGUCUAUCGGGGCAAACGAAAAUCUGGACAUUCUAAACCUCAGCUGGAAUCAUCUGAGAGAACAUGGCGGGGUUGAAAUUGCAAAGGGGUUGAGGGAGAAUAUACGACUCAAGGUAUGCAAUAUCUCCUGGAACGGGCUGGCCAUUCAAGCAGGCCUGGCUAUAGUGGAUGCCUUGUCUAUUAACCAAAGUCUGCAGGAGUUGGACAUAUCUGGCAAUCGUCUUACGCAAGAGGUGGCCAAUAAAUUAGCAAAAGUACUUGCUACAAACGAUGUCAUUAAAGUUUUGAAGUUGGGUAAUAAUUUCAUAACUUCAGCUGGAGCGAUAACCUUGGCAACGGCCAUCAGUAACACAGAGAGCUGUGAGUUGCAAGAACUGGAUUUGACGGAUGUACCCGUGGAGUAUGAGUUCCUGCGAACAAUAGAAGAGAUCCACAGAAAGAAGCCACACUUCAGAAUCAAACACGGACCUGUCAUCAGAUCAGGGAACACAGCGGAGGACCUCAACAAGCCUGGCAUUGACGUGGACAUUGUCAAAAAGCAGCCUGUUGUCAUUUUAAAGGAGCACAUCGUGGUGAACGAUAUGCGCUUGAUAGACAUUCUCCGGAGGUACGACAAGAACAACUCCCUCAGUGUCACCAUCGAUGACUUCCUCUCUGCUGUAGAAGAGCUGGCUGUUACCUGUGACAAGAUAAGACUCAAAGAAUCGCUGCAGAAAUGUCGGAUGAAUAAAUCAGGAACAAUUUACUUCGG